AAUCAUCAUUUUGUUCUCUUUAUUAUUCCUCUCCACCCCUCACCAACCCUAACAUUCCGAUCAAUUCACCGGCCCAACCACCGUUGUCAUGGCUCUAACUCGCCGGAGCUCCGGCCUCCUGAAGCCUCUCUCCGCCGCAUCCUCCGCAUCCUUCCUCCACCGCCGCCCGUUCUCUACCGACGACACCACCACAAUCACCGUCGAAACCAGCGUUCCGUUCACCGGCCACAACUGCGAACCUCCGUCGAGAUCCGUGGAUACGACUCCGAAAGAGCUCAUGAAGUUUUUUACGGAUAUGGCGGUUAUGCGCCGUAUGGAGAUCGCUGCGGAUUCUCUGUAUAAAUCGAAGCUGAUCCGAGGGUUUUGUCAUCUGUAUGACGGACAGGAAGCUGUUAGCAUAGGUAUGGAAGCUGCAAUCACGAAGCAGGAUUGCAUAAUCACUGCCUAUCGUGACCAUUGCCUCUUCCUAGGGCGCGGCGGGACGCUGUUGGAGAGUUUUGCUGAACUUAUGGGCCGGCAAGCGGGUUGCUCCAAUGGGAAAGGAGGUUCGAUGCAUUUUUAUAAGAAGGAAUCAUGUUUUUUUGGAGGACAUGGGAUUGUUGGAGCUCAGGUGCCGUUAGGGUGUGGAUUAGCGUUUGCUCAGAAGUAUAGGAAGGAAGAUCAUGUCACUUUUGCUAUGUAUGGUGAUGGUGCUGCUAACCAAGGGCAGCUUUUUGAAGCGCUGAAUAUGGCUGCUCUUUGGGACUUGCCUGCCAUUUUGGUGUGCGAAAACAAUCACUAUGGUAUGGGUACAGCAGAAUGGAGAGCUGCAAAGAGUCCUGCUUAUUACAAGCGUGGGGAUUAUGUUCCAGGAUUGAAGGUUGAUGGUAUGGAUGCCUUUGCUGUCAAACAAGCUUGUAAAUUUGCAAAGGAACAUGUUUUGAAGAAUGGACCUAUUAUUCUGGAAAUGGAUACUUACAGGUACCAUGGCCACUCUAUGUCCGAUCCUGGUAGCACCUACCGUACACGUGAUGAAAUUAGCGGUGUCAGACAGGAACGUGAUCCUAUUGAAAGAAUAAGGAAAUUGAUACUCGCUCAUGAUUUAGCCACCGAAAAGGAGCUAAAGGAUAUAGAGAAACAAGUUCGAAAAGAAGUAGAUGACGCUAUUGCUCAGGCGAAGGAAAGCCCGAUGCCAGCUGAAUCUGAACUCUUUACCAAUGUUUAUCGUAAAGGAUUCGGGGUUGAGUCAUUCGGGGCAGACAGGAAAGAACUCAGAGCUACACUUCCCUGAUUGCAAAUAUGAAACCAUAAUCAACAGUAUGUUUCUGUUCACUCCUGCUCUAUUCUGCUCUCCGCACACCAAACAAGAAUAACGAGAACAGAUAGACCCGACAAAUAACCUUUUAGCGCACGCUGUUUUGCUUUGAUUUAUGUUGUUUUCCGUCAAUUUCACGGCACAACCCAAAAGUUGACAUUCUUGGGUGAGAUGAUUCUUUUGGCCAGAAUCAGAUGCUUCUGAUUUUUGUGCUCCUGGAGUUUCAUACACUUUGACCCGUAAACCCAUUGACCCGUUGUUUUAGUUAAAGCUUGAAUUUGUGGGAUGUAUUUUCCCUUUCGUGGUCUAUUGAAAGCCUGUUGACAUUGAAUUGGUAUUUGGUAUUGUGUUUUGUGAUUUAUCAUAGGUUUGCGAAAAUGUUUAAAACUGUUUUAUGAGUAGGAAAUUGUAUGUUUACUUCA